AGCGCCGGGCUGUGCCACCGCCUCUCUAGUGUGACUGUGCCUGAGGAGAAGGCGGAGGCGGCUGCCGCUUGGCGCUCCGGGCGCUGCUGGGGAACCGGCAAGAGUUGAGGGAGCGAGCGAGGAGUGAAGCCCGCGUCUAGGAGAGCGAGAGGAGCCGUCGGGGCAGUCAGUACUCCAGCGCGGGCGGGGUUGCCAAGUCUCUGUAAUGUCUGACGGAGAGGCCAGAGGAGGAGGAGGCGGAGGAGGAGGAGGAGGAAGCGGGAAUAGUAGCGGAGGAGGAGCAGGAGGAGGCCCCAACUCGGGCGGCGCGGAGCCCAAGGCCGAGGCCCCUCCGGCCUGCGCCCCUGCCCCUGCGGCCUCCUCGGCCUCCUCGCCCCCGGCGCCCGCCAAGGCCAAGUCCGGCGAGGAGGAGCCCGAGGAGGAGGAGGAGGAAGAAGAGGAGGAGGAGGAGAGCGAGGACGAGUCCGAGAUCCUGGAGGAGUCGCCCUGCGGACGGUGGCAGAAGCGCCGAGAGGAGGUGAAUCAACGCAAUGUUCCGGGCAUCGACAGCGCCUACCUGGCCAUGGACACGGAGGAAGGCGUGGAAGUGGUCUGGAACGAGGUCCAGUUCUCGGAACGCAAGAACUUCAAGCUGCAGGAGGAGAAAGUGAAGGCCGUCUUCGACAACCUGAUCCAGCUGGAGCACCUGAACAUUGUGAAGUUCCACAAGUACUGGGCUGACGUGAAGGAGAACAAAGCCAGGGUGAUCUUCAUCACAGAGUACAUGUCUUCAGGGAGCCUGAAGCAGUUCCUGAAGAAGACCAAGAAGAACCACAAGACCAUGAACGAGAAGGCCUGGAAGCGCUGGUGCACCCAGAUCCUUUCGGCCCUCAGUUACCUUCACUCCUGCGACCCUCCCAUCAUCCACGGCAACUUGACGUGUGACACCAUCUUCAUCCAGCACAACGGGCUCAUCAAGAUCGGUUCAGUCUUCCACAGGAUCUUUGCUAAUGUGGCUCCAGACACCAUCAACAACCACGUGAAGACCUGUCGCGAGGAGCAGAAGAACCUGCACUUCUUUGCCCCGGAAUACGGAGAGGUUGCGCAUGUCACCACCGCGGUGGACAUCUACUCCUUUGGGAUGUGUGCGCUGGAGAUGGCGGUGCUGGAGAUCCAGGGCAACGGGGAGUCCUCGUACGUGCCCCAGGAGGCCAUCCACAGCGCCAUCCAGCUCCUGGAGGACCCCCUGCAACGGGAGUUCAUCCAGAAGUGCCUGGAGCCCCAGCCCAGCCGGAGGCCCACGGCCCGGGAGCUGCUCUUCCACCAGGCCCUCUUCGAAGUGCCCUCCCUCAAGCUCCUGGCCUCCCACUGCAUCGUGGGGCAUCAGCACAUGAUCCCGGAGAACGCGCUGGAGGAGAGGACCAAGAACCUGGACAUGAGCGCCGUCCUGGCCGAGAUCCACCACGCAGACCGCGAGGGCGUCCGCAUGAUUUUCUCCCAGUCCCCGGCUCUGGAGCUGGACAAGUUCCUGGAAGACGUGCGGAAUGGCAUCUACCCCUUGACAGCCUUUGGCCUCCCCCGCCCUCAGCAGCCGCAGCAGGAAGAGGUGAAGUCCCCCAUUGCGCCCCCCUCCGUCAAGACCCCCACGCCUGAGCCAGCUGAAGUGGAGACACGCAAAGUGGUCCUGAUGCAGUGCAACAUUGAGCCGGUGGAGGAGGGCGUCAAGCAUCACUUGACUUUGCUGCUGAAACUGGAAGACAAACUGAACCGGCACCUGAGCUGCGACCUGCUUCCCAGUGACAACAUCCAGGAGCUUGCAGCCGAAUUGGUCCAGCUGGGAUUCAUCAGCGAGGCGGAUCAGGGCCGGCUGAGCUGUUUACUUGAAGACGCCUUCAGCAAGUUCCUUUUCUCGCGGAACGGGGGCAUGGCGGCUGUCACGGUUUCCACCUAAACCCGCCCCUCCCUCGGCACCGCCGCCGCCGCUGUUGCCGCCACUGCUGCCGCCGCCGCCCCGCGCAGAGAGCCAACCGAGACCUGGCCCCGCCGCCUCCUUUGCCGCUGCCGCGUUGCUGCCUGCAUGCCGCUGCCGGCCGCCCUGCAGACAAUCGAUGCCACCGUUGGGGGGCCGGAAUGGGGGGCAGGGGGCAAGUUGGGCGAGGGAGGGGCCACGCGCCUUGUGACAGUAUUAUUACUCUUUCCCCUGUGGCCCCAAGGCCCCCCCCUUCAGAAAAAAACCCGCAUGGAGUUUUCUUUUGCUUGAAUUGUACAGAGUUUUUGCACAGCACAGAGAGGUCUGUCUUGUUAUUUAAGGGAGGAGAGGAGCCCCCAAAGCCCCCCUCCUUCCCACCCCAUUGGGCUCCCAUGAUCAUCAGUCGUGGGGGGCCCUUCCCUUUCCCCCAAAGGGCCCCUGGCAGGCAGGCAAGCAGGAAGGAAAGGGGGUGGUGUGGUGGUGGAGGUGGUGGUGGUGGGUGGGGCAGGGGGCUGUUCUCUUUAUGAGGCCAAUGGCCAGAGGCUGUGAUGGGGGGGGGGGAGUCGGUGGGAGGCGGAGCUGGUUAAUGGAAAUGGGGGGCCUUCUUCCCUUGGGCUGCCGGGACCCCCUCCACCCGUGUGUUGUUUCUGUUCCUAUUUUUAAUAAACAGUUUUGUAAGGA